CCAUUCUGCAGAAUAAGGACCAGAACUUUACAGAGGUAAACUGUGUCGGUUCUUUUACUAUUACAGCAGUUCAUCGUGGCCCUGUCGUUCGCCUCCUUCACCAAAGCUCUGUCAGGGACCUACAUGAAGAGUGCCAUCACUCAGAGAGACACUUUGACCUGUCCAGCUCUCUCAUCGGACUCAUAGACGGCAGCUUUGAGAUGGGUAACCUGCUGUUCCUGGCUGUGGUCAGCCAUUUUGGGGCGAAGCUGCACCGGCCCAGGCUCAUUGCUAUGGGCUGUUUCCUCAUGGCUGUAGGAUCCUUCCUCACAGGCCUGCCACACUUCUUCAUGAGACGGGCUAUCAGGAGAGCUACCCAAUCCCAGAGGGCCAUCGUGGCUUCAUCAGUGAUGCCAGACUUCUGCAGAUGCAGAGAGCUGAGAGAGAGGCCAUGGAAGCAAAGCAAAGAAAGAUAAGUGCUAUCCAUGAGAAUUAUGUCUGGACUGCUCUCAUCGGGGUUGGCAGCACCUUCGCGCACCACUUCGUCCCCUCUAUUCAGUGCAUUCCACGGCCGAAAGCUCCACCGAAGCCUUUGCCACGAAGGCUUGAACACAUAGCUCUGGCCCCACUGAAGAACGUGGUGGGAGUGGACGGAGCCCAAGUUCGACCUGGAUCUCACUCUCUGGAGUCCAUCCAGGUAAAUAAAUCAUUCAGCAGCAGUAGCGUGUGGCCUGUUCCCGUCCCUCCCACUGGAGCUCCCUCCAAGAGGGGCAAGAAGAAGAAGGCCAGGCGGGGAGUCAAAGCCCUGAAAGUCCAGUCGGAUCAGGGCUGUGCUGACAACAACGGACCCAUUGACCUGAUGGAGGAGGUGAGGGACAUCGAGCCUCACCUGAAGGAGGAGGCCUGGAAGGGGGUACAUGAGGUGAAGGCCAUGGGCAGGAGAAGUUUGGGCUCGGCCAUGUCCACGGGGGAAAUAGCCACCAGCUCUCUGGGAAGCCUGAGCUCAGUGGAUAUGAACACCCCUGCGGAGCUCCGUGACUACUUGGAUGUUGGGACCCCGGUCAAGUUGCGUGACAGCCCACCCAGGCCUGCUCCCCCUCCUACCAAGCCCAGGAGCAAACAGCCUCGGCCUAUAAGGUUCCUUAGCCUGCCAAAGGCUGCCACCGGCUCAGGGAGAAGAAGAUCGAGGGCUUGACCUCUCUCCGUGUGAUGGCUCAGAACCACAUGGACAUACUGAUGCCUAAACUCCAUGAUAUCUGCCUUGCCAUUAUA